AUUUGUUUUUUUGAAUUUUCUUUCAUCAAAAUACACGUGGUUUGGUUAACCAUAUACCAUUAUAACAGAUGAAAAAUCCUUAAACGAUAACAAAGAUAAAGAGUUUAUUAAAAGCAAAUAGGAAAUUCUCAACGUUGCAAAGUAAAACGGUUUUUAUCAUGGGUAAAAAGAGAAAACUUGGAUCAAAUAAUGAUGAUUUUGAAUUUGAUCCAAUUCCAAGGCAUUUGGUUACAUCGCAUAUCAAAAAACAAGAGAAACGUUUAAUAGUUAUUUUAGAAAACGCUCAGUUAGAAACAGUAAAGGCAGGGAAUAGUUUCGAGCUCUUAAACUGUGAUGAUCAUGCCCAUAUUUUGAGGAAAAAUGACAGAGAUCCAGGUUCAUGUAGGCCUGACAUUGCUCAUCAAUCAUUACUUAUGUUAAUGGAUUCACCUUUGAAUAGAGCGGGCUUGUUGCAAGUGUACAUACAUACAGAAAAAAAUGUUUUAAUUGAAAUCAAUCCACAAACAAGAAUACCAAGAACAUUUAAAAGAUUUGCUGGUUUAAUAGUGCAACUUUUACAUAAGUUUUCAAUAAGAGCAUCUGAUGGUCCAAUGAAGUUAUUGAAAGUAAUCAAGAAUCCUAUUACUUCACAUUUGCCUGUGGGUGCUACUAAAUUAACCAUGUCAUUCAGUUCAAAACUUGUAAAGAAUUGCCGAGAAUUGGUACCAAAGGAUGAACCAAUUGUUUUAGUGAUUGGUGCUAUGGCUCAUGGUAAAGUUGAAGUAGAUUAUUCAGAAGAUGUCAUCUCUAUCAGCAAUUAUCCACUAUCAGCUGCAUUAACUUGUGCUAAGUUGUGUUCCGCCUUUGAAGAAGUUUGGGGAGUAGUCUAAAGAUUAUUGUAUAAAACUACUAUUAAAAAUUCAUUAAAUACA